CAUGCGCAGUUGGUUGUCCAAGGCACGACGUGUAGAAGAAACGCAUGCGCAAUAGGAACGCCUGUUAACGGAUGCGGGAGCCGACAAAUGGGCGCGUGCGCAGUUGGGACAGUAAAGCUGGCAGUUCCAAAGCAUCAACAGCCGACCGUUCGCUUCUGAGAAACGGUGAAAGCUGGUGCUCAACAACUCCCGCCCCGUUAUCGAUUCUAAUUGGAUGACAACCGUUGAUUGAUGUCCCAAUGCGCCAGUCAGCAUGUCGGCUACUGGGCACAUGAUCCAAUUCAGCUUGAGGACGCCCGGAGGUCAUCACGUGAUCUUCCCAAACUUCCGGCAGAGUUGUCGUCAAUGGUUUGUACAUGUGGGCUUGCUGUACGGUGUCAUGUUUUAAUCAAGUAGUGUUAUAAUUUGUCAAACUAGAUUAUGAGUUCCCAGAAAGGAAACGUGACAAGGAAGAGAGCACAAAAACAUCAGAACGUCGUUGGGUUCAAAAAUGACAAAUAUGACAAAAGUGAAAAGAUGAAGCAAUUAAAUGCAAUGGUGCAUACAGGUGUCUGUAAACAUUGUAAGGAAGUGUUGGAAUGGAAAAUAAAAUACAACAAAUAUAAGCCACUUGGCCAGGCUCGGAAAUGUGUUAAAUGCCUUCAGAAAACAGUGAAGGACUCUUACCACAUUAUGUGUAAACCCUGUGCUUUCAAAUUGGAACUCUGCGCCAAAUGUGGGAAGAAAGAAGAGAUUGUGUAUCCAUUGGCUUCUGAGGAAAACCAACGAAAAGGCAGCAACGUUGAAAUUAAUCUAAGAACAAGAAGCAGACUAAACAGCGGAAAAACGGAUGGUGAUGAUGAUGAUGAUGACAACAGUAUUGCUGACUCUGAUUUUGAUUGUGAUGAGGGCAAUGAGGUAAAAGACGAAGGUAAUUUCAUUCAAUCCUCUUUAACUCCUUUGCCCACUCCACAUGUGGAUGCAGCAUUGCAUAAAAACAAUUCAUCAAAGACUAAAGGAACUGAGGCACAUGGCAUGCUCAAUAUUUCUAUGUUGACUCUGGAUGUAUGAUAGAUCUCGAUCAUAACAACAUUAUAAUCUUAAAUUACAAUAAUCUUCCAGGAUAUACAUGACUUAUGCAUCCUGUUGUGUUUUUAUUUGUGUAGCAUGAAACCAAGUGCUUGGGCAUGUGAAUCUGGUAAAUAUUAAACUAAUAUGCUGGAGAUUAGGACUGUAAGGGCAAACUGUAGAUGGAUGUACGUUGUGUUUGAUGUGUUAUGCUGUUGCAGUUUUGAAGGAAUGUACAUUGAAUUCAUUGGCACCUUACUUAGUUUUCAGUUUAUGGCAAUGUUGCCAGCAACUUGACCAAUCCGCACACUUUGCUCAUGCAGGAUAAAUUGUUGCUCCCUUUUGAAAUUUGCCAUUGGUGCAUCUCUUCUGAUGACUGCAAGAUGAACAUUUCUGAACUACUUCAAUUCUGUACUACCAAACAAAGUUUGUUUUUAUUUGGAUCAUCUUUCAAAUAAAGUGAAAUAUUG